AUGUCAAAGAAAUUGAUCCCCUGCAUUUUGGAUGAACUGUCAACGCUGAACCCAGACAAACUAUAUGCCGAGGUACCAGUAUCCCCCCGUGGAUAUGAACUUGGAACAAGAAACAUCACAUACAAAAAUCUCGCCAAUGCUGUUAAUGGCCUUGCCAGGUGGCUCACAUCAACUCUGGGCCCCGGCCAAAAUUUUCAGACGAUAUCGUAUAUUGGUCCAAACGACCUUGGCCACAACAUCGCUCUAAUUGCCGCAGUCAAAGCUGGCUACAGGUUACUAUUAACUUCUCCAAGAUAUGGCACUGUUGGACAGGUAAAAUUGAUGAAGCAAGUAAACUGCAAUGAUCUUUUGGUCUCGGCUGAAACUGAGUCAAAAAUUCCGGGUGCUCUUUCAGCCGAGCAUCAGAACCUGAGAAAAUGGACGUUGCCCUCUCUAAAUGAGCUCUUCGAUACAGAUCAUCGUCGUUUUGAAUACACCAAAUCAUACGAGGAGGCCAAAAGGAUCCUUUGGUCGUCGUUCAUACCUCAGGGACUUCGGGAUUCCCUAAACCAAUUGUCUGGACCCAUGAAUGGGCAGUGUCAUUCGCUCAGCAGCGGUUCCUAA